AUGUUGGAGAGGCGCGGUGAUGGGGCUGCCUUCACGCCUUUCAACUGUAAGGCUGCCAGGGCCCGAGUCGGCUUCGUCGCGUUGUCGUGCGCGUGGGUUGUGUCACUGCCGGUUUCACGGCCCCGGCUCCAGGAUCGCUCCAACGCCCUGGCAAAGUGCUUCGACUACUUUGCGAAGGCGCGGCCAACUUGGGACUUGCAAGCAUUCGUGGUUGCUGCGCGAAAUGCGGAGACUUUCAUCUGCGAUGCACGGGUCGCCAGUGUCAUAACCGACCUGGAUGCCUUGAAGGAAAGCACGCUGCAUGUGCUGGACCACUUUGCUGCUGAAAGAUGCCUCUACCUGGAGCUGCGAACUUCACCCAAGCAGUUCAAGGUCAGCUCUCAGAAGGGCUCUGACGAGGACUCAAAGCUGACCAGCAAGCUGCAGUACCUGGAGACAGUCCGCGAUGCCAUCCAGGAAUUCCAUUCCAAGGCACAGCAGCGAUUUGGAUUCGUCAUGGAGGUCAGAAUACUUCUCAGUGUCGACCGCGGCAAAGUGACGUCCAAGGAAAGUGCGCUGGCGCAAAUUGAUGAUAUCCUUGAGAUGCAGAAGGUCCAUCCCGAUCUGGUGGUGGGCAUCGAUGUUUGUGGCAACCCUCAUGCAAACACUGUCAAGCCGUACCUGCUGCCGGCCUUGCUUGAGAGAAGCCAUGCCUUCCAGAAGCUGCCGAUCACUUUUCACACCGCCGAGAUUCCUGAUGAUGAAGAGAGCGAGCUGAUCAUAGACAGCAUGCUGAAGCUCAACAUCAGGCGGUUGGGCCAUGUGACUUAUCUUCCAGACAAAUGUCGACAAAGCGUUCUACACGGCAUCUUCGAGGAUGGCGGUGUAGGAAUCGAGAUUUGUCCAACCUCCAACAUGAUCACCAAAGAGAUUCCAAGCCUGGAGGACCAUCAUUUCAUGGACUGGUGGAAACAAUCUGACAAGAUCCUGCUCAGUGUAAAUACUGACGACGUCGGUCUCUUCUCCUGCGACCUCUCCUCUGAAAUUUAUGAUCUUGCCACUGCGUUUCGUCUAUCCAGACAAGACGUGAUAAACAUCCAGCGCCAGGCAAUCCGAUCAGCAUUUCAUCCGGAUACGGCCAGACUUUCAAAGAUGUUCGACGACAUGUUGUCAAGCCCACCAAAGGUACUCUCGAACGGAGUUUGCCUGGAGGUCAACGGCCACAAGCGUCAGAAGCUGAACGGACUCGGAGCUUAG